UUCCUGGCUGCAAGCUUCUGCUAUACAUUCAUAUUCUUUUAUAAUGUUGUUGAUUCCUUAUCUUUUUCAAAAUGGAGGAGUUGCGUAUUUUUAUUUUUACAAUCUUUGUAAUCAACUUUUUUCCUCUGAUCUUUUCUGAAAAAAUAGAAGGAACAGAAAAAAGACUGUUUAGAGAAUUAUUUCAGAGUUAUAGCACUUCACCAAGACCUACAAAAUCUGCCGACGUUCCAGUUGUGGUGAAAUUUGGCGUUGCGUUAAACCAAAUUCUUGAUUUGGAUGAGAAGAAACAGAUACUGACUUCUUCUGUUUGGAUAACUGAGUGUUGGAAAGACGAGGAACUUGUAUGGUCAGUUUCGGAGUAUGACGGACUGGACACCCUUAUUGUACCAUCAUCAAAGUUAUGGAAUCCUGAUAUUUUCAUUUUCAAUACUGCUGGCAACAAAAUCGACGACUUUGUUAAUGUAACUGGCGGGAGACUGAUGAUUCAGAAUGACGGUGACAUCACGUGGCUUAUACCUAUAAUGACUAAAAGCGUCUGUCGUGUGGAUGCUACAUUCUUUCCGUACGACGAACAGAUAUGUGAAAUACAUUUUGGAUCGUGGAUUUAUGAUGAAACUCAGUUAGACCUUCAACCCGUCCAAACAAAACCAGGUUUAGAUGACUAUGUGGUAAAUAGCGAAUUUGAUUUGGUCGACGCGAGCCUCAGGCGAGAGGUUGUCGACUCAAAAUGCUGUCCAGGAAACGGUAAUCACCCUAUGGUUGUGUUAAAGGUCAACUUGAAGAGGAAGUCUAGAUACUAUGAAUAUAUCGUAAUAGCACCAACUAUGUUACUGAGUAUUCUAUCAUUGUUUUCGUUUUGUCUACCGUCACAUCAUGGGGACAAGAUAUCAAUCGGACUGACUGUUUUCCUUACUCUGUAUGUUCUACAGUUACUUAUAUCUGACAACGUUCCCGACACCAAUACAACGCCCAUACUAGGAAUUCUAACAUUUUUAGUUAUGACAUUCAACUGUACGUCCCUUAUCAUGUCGACGUUGGUCAUGAAUAUUAAAAACCGCGGGAAACGAAACCCGAUACCAGAAGUGCCUCCAUUUCUGUCUAAAGCGUGCAAAGGAUUUUUAGGUAAAAUUACAUGUUCAAAGUUUUCGUCUCGCGUUGACAAAUUCUACUUGUGUUCCGAUACGUCAAACCAAGAUUUAAAUGUACAUAAAGAAUAUGAUAGAGGUAAAGUGCAUUUCAAUGAACCGGUAAUACCUGACAGGAAAACACCCGAGAAUGAAGACGACAUCCUGGAACUUGCAGACUUACUAAACGAAAAAGAACCUCUUUGUCCUGACGUAUUGACUAACAGUUCAUCAGAGAGUAAUCUAAAACCAUGUAAUCUCGAAGAUCCAUUUCGAUUCAAUCGACAAAAAUUACGGAGAUCUUACAAGCUUGCGCUACGAAAAGGUUUAGUACGAACGGAACGCCACCAGCAUGCAGAAGACAAUGACGAUGAAAGGAAUGAUAACGAUGACAGUGAAGAUAGUGACAAUGAAUUUAACAUUCAUCAGCAAAACAUGUUAUUGAAACAAGAAUGGUAUUUCAUAGCGGAAACAGUAGAACGGGCUUCUUUUAUUGUAUAUGUUAUUGCUACAUUUAUCACUAUAAUGACUAUUCUAGUUAUUAUACCGUUAUAUACCAGAUAAUUCUCCAAAGUUUCACAAACCUUUAAAAAAGUUCUUCAAAGUUAUAAAACAGUUCCGCAAAGUUACUAUACAAAUUCCCGUAAAAAAACCACAGGUGUUGAAUUUUGUAAUUUAAAUGAAUAAAAAAUCCAUGCAUACUCGAUGAAUAACGAGAAUGGGGACACAGAGUCAAUCUAUACAUCAGGGAUAUCUUGAAUGAGGAAUGUAGAACUGAUUGGUGACUAAAUCAAGGUUCAUCUAAAGGAAUUGAAUAUAUGGCUGUGUUUACACCACAGAAUCAUGGACCCCAUACAAUAAUUUCAUAUACCCUUAUUUCUAAUAUUAAAUUGGGAAACAGAUCAAACCAAAAAAUCAUAACAUGGACCAAUGAACCAUGAAAAUGAAAAUUGUCCCUUCAAGGCAGCCAUAUACACAUUACAAUCAUUCGAUUAAAUUUUAAAUUAUACAAUUGUAUAAAAGAAACUCGGAGUCAAUUGCAGCUGCAGAGAAAAGAAGAA